AAUAUGGUUUCCUUUGGUAAAGAUUGGUUUCAGACUCUCCCUUAACAACUUCCUCUAUAAAGUUUCCUACAGAAAAACAUUAAUACUGUAUUAAAAGUACUUUAUAGCUGUAAAAAUUGAUUCUUUCUCCCUCCCUCAAAAACGCCAUGGACUCUCCUCAAUCCCCAGAUCCAACACAUAAUGAAAAAAAUGUUCUUGGUCUGGUCGUCGCUGUCCUCUCAGUCCUACUCAUCGUCGGAUACUUCACUUACGAAUAUGUAUCCCACCAUUGUCAUCGUGUAGCCCAACAAGAUCAUGACAUAGAGAGCGGAGCAGGAACAGCCGAUGCGGCCAUCACCACUACUGCGGCAGCCGCAGAGCCGCCUCCUCUGACCAUUGUUUAUGAACAGAUGAAGAUCCAAGAAGGAAUGGAAGUCUGUGUUGCGUGCUCGAUUUGCAUGGAGGACUACAAGGAUGGAGAGGAGUGUGGGGUAAUUGCAGUGUGCAACCAUAAGUAUCACAAACAAUGCAUUGAUAAGUGGCUCCGAAGAAAGAAAGAGUGCCCUGUUUGUCGCCGACCAGUGACCGUACGUCGAGGAAAAUCAAAUUGAAGGGCCGGUGGGGGGACGGGUUGCUAUAUUUUUCUAUAUUUAGUCAUGAAGUGAGAUAAUUACUAGGCAUACGUAAACCUAAUGACUCAUUAAAGAAACAGAUGUGGUGGUGAAAGGAAUCAUCUACCAGCUGCCUUGUAAUCUGUUCUGGGUUUACGGAUUAAGCUGUUCUCUGCAACAUUUCUUUUUCUAUUAUUUUUAUACUGACUACUACAUUUGGGCACCCGA